AGCAAAAAGACGAGCAAUCAAAUAAAAACAUCGUUAUAAACACAAAAAUAUGAAGUCAAAAGUCACCUCGCGAUCGUAAAAGACAAAUCAAGCGAUAAGAGUCGAAAACUCGAAAAAAAAACACAAACACACUCGAAAAAUUCCCGAGUCGAUGCGAUAAAUAAAGCUGGGGCGAUACAAUUUUUAUCUGGGUACUGGUGACCAUAAAUUUCGGCUUACAUCCUAAAUUCUGUGUUGGAGCAAACGCCGGGUCGGACGACACGUGCUAGCGGAGAUAAAUGUCGUUUCACAAAGGAUAAGCUACUACCGCGUGAUGUGCAUCAAACAGCACGGAGUGGACUAUGGUGCAGUGCUCCAGUGGCCCAGUGCAGCCGCGCGCAUCUGACCUCAGCCGAUAGUAAGAGUGAAUCAAUACGGCUCUUCUUGUCACCUCCAGCCGUUCAUGGCAGCCUGAGUCUUGUGUAACACCUUUAGGUGAAAUAAGCCAAUGCGUUCCUAUAACCAAUUGUCAGAAUGUCAUGUCCCGAAUAAAGAACGGUUUAGAUAAACAAAGUAUAAAAUUCUUGAGGCAAUCAAGAUGUAAAAGCGAUUACAAGAAUCUUAUGAUUUCCUGACGAAGUUUAUAAUAGAGAAUAUAUCAACAGUAUUCAGACUUCAUCCACGAAAAACUUUGAUGAGGACUCCUUCUUACCUGAAAGCAACCAAUGUGGAUUUGAGCCGCUGAGCGACGGUAAUCGAAUCUUUAGCGGGUCUCGAACUGAAAUAGGAGAAUUCCCGUGGCUAGCCUUGCUGUGGUACCGCAAAAAUUCUAACAGGACCCUGAGCCACGAAUGCGGUGGUAUGCUCAUCAAUCAUCGACAUGUAUUGACAGCGGCACAUUGUGUCUCUGGACCAGAACCCAGGCUCGAACUUAUUUCUUCAGUCUGGGUGAACACGACGUAAGGAACACAACAGAUAGCAUAGACGGCGUAUGCUCCGCACCACCGCAGACAGUGGAGGUUCUAAAUGUUCACCCUCACCCUGGUUACAUCAACGAAAGGUUUAUUAAGCGGAACGAUAUCGCCCUAAUCAGACUUGCGAGAAGAGUCGAAUAUACAGAUUAUGUCCAACCAAUAUGCUUGAACAAAAGUGGAUUGUGGGAAAUUGGAGACGAAGUGUUUGUUGCGGGAUGGGGAAAAGCUCUUGGAGGUGGCAGUAGUCCCGAGAAACUAAAAGUGUCUCUUCCAAUAGCGAAUCAGUCGGAAUGCUCACAACGAUUUGACCUACUUUUGAAAUCUACCUAAGCAAGUCGCAAGUCUGCAUCGGAGGCAAAUUCCGAGAGGAUGUGUGCCAAGGUGACUCUGGAGGACCAGCUAUGAGGCAAAUUGAUGGAAGAUGGGAAGCAAUUGGAUUAAUUUCCUUUGGUUACGGGUUUGGGAGGGAGAAUUGGCCAGCAAUAUACACCGUAAUCUCUAGCCACCGCAAUUGGAUUGAAGCAACUUUGAAGCUGUCUUUUCGCGAUGUCCCGCAUUAAGCAACAGAGAACUUCGUGCCUCG